ACAUGGACUCAUCGAUUGUCUGAAAAGCCGUCUUUUAUCCAACUUCUCCGGGGGAGAGGGGUAUCCCAAUCUUGUUUCUUUGUAAUAAAACUAGAAUUUGUCAACAGAGAGAGAGAGAGCUUUCAUUUCACUGUAGAUCCCAUCAUGGAGACAACUACCACGCCUCUGCUCCCCGGUGAUCGCAGCCGAUGCGGGUGGCUCCGCCGUCGUCUCCGCCUUAAAAACCCUCUUUCUUCUGAACUUUCCGGCGCUGUCGGUGAUCUGGGUACCUUCAUCCCCAUCGUCCUAACACUAACUUUAGUCUCCAAUCUCGAUCUCUCAGCCACUCUCAUCUUCACUGGAUUCUACAACAUCGCCACCGGACUCCUCUUCGACAUCCCUAUGCCCGUCCAGCCCAUGAAAUCCAUCGCCGCCGUCGCCGUUUCCGAGUCCCCACACCUCACUCCUUCUCAGAUCGCCGCCGCCGGAGCUUCCACUGCUGCCACUCUUCUCCUUCUCGGGGCCACUGGAGCCAUGUCUUUCCUCUACAACAUCAUCCCUCUACCAGUCGUACGCGGCGUCCAGCUUUCUCAGGGUCUUCAGUUCGCCUUCACCGCUAUCAAAUACGUCAGGUUUAAUUACGACACUGCCACUCUCAAGCCCUCUUCUUCUCCGCGUACUUGGCUCGGCCUCGACGGCCUUAUCUUGGCUCUAGCUGCUCUGCUCUUCAUCAUUUUGUCCACUGGCUCUGGCAACGACAGAGACGCCGAAGAAGGUGGAGACUUGGCGGCAGAGACUUCUAGCAACGAAAGAAGCCAGUCUCGCCGGAGUAGACUGCGGCUUCUGUCUUCGAUUCCAUCAGCGCUCGUAGUGUUCGUAAUCGGGUUGGUGCUCUGUUUCAUACGCGAUCCGUCCAUUUUCAAAGACCUUAAAUUCGGCCCGUCCAAGUUCCAUAUUCUGAGAAUUACUUGGGAUGAUUGGAAGAUCGGGUUCGUAAGAGCGGCGAUUCCUCAGAUUCCACUGUCUGUUCUCAACUCAGUGAUUGCCGUUUGCAAAUUAUCCAGUGACUUGUUUGACAAGGAACUCUCUGCCACUACAGUCUCUGUCAGCGUUGGGGUGAUGAAUUUGAUCGGGUGCUGGUUCGGUGCUAUGCCUGUUUGUCACGGUGCUGGAGGGUUAGCAGGGCAGUACCGGUUCGGUGCAAGGAGUGGGUUGCCCGUUGUCUUUCUUGGGAUAGGGAAACUGAUUGUGGGUUUAGUAUUUGGAAACUCGUUUGUAAGGAUUCUGAGCCAGUUUCCGAUUGGAAUUCUUGGGGUUCUGUUGUUAUUCGCGGGGAUUGAAUUGGCAAUGGCUUCCAAAGACAUGAACACGAAAGAGGAAUCCUUCAUCAUGUUGGUAUGCGCCGCUGUGUCUAUGACCGGCUCGAGUGCCGCCUUAGGGUUUGGGUGUGGAGUUGUUCUGUACUUGUUACUAAAGCUAAGAACGUUAGACUCUUCUUCGGUUACUCUGUUUUCCCGGUCAAAUGAUGGAUCGCAGGUCGAUUCUGAAGCUGCUCCUCGUUCGGUCUAACUGUGAACUGCUUGAUCAAGUGCUUUCUUAUUUGGAACCGGGUAUGUGGUGGCCUCGAUUGCAUCUUCUGUCUUCGGUUUCAUCUGCACUCGUCGGGGUUGGGGUGCUCUGUUUCAUGAAGUGUUGUUAAUAUAUGGGAAACUCUCAUUCAAGUAAAAGAAUACUGUAUCAAUUUUUGCGUUGAUAUGUAUUGGGCUGCUUUAUAUGAUGUGAUACCAUUAAUCAACUACUGUAGUCUGUAUGUACUUAAUGAUUGUAUAACAAAUAAUCUGAUACAAUUAAAUACUUAAUUUGAA